AUGCUUCUCUGUGUAAUUCUUCUUUUCUUGAUUUCGGCCGUCGGAGCGUUUGAAUUGAUGACAGCUUCCCGACAAAAGCGACAGUAUUACAUUUGCGGCAACUAUCCCAACCAGUUCUACUCCCUCUAUCGUGAGUUCUAUGAGAAGUUCCGGGCUUGAAGAAGUUCAGCGUGCAACGUCUUCAUUCAAACUACGCGCUCCCCUCCCAACUUCAACCAAUGUACUAAUGGAGGCCAGAAGAUCGGCGUCGGAUGUUAUUACACGUACCAGGUUCUUUUCAAAUAUUUUCCUAGUUUUCUGCUUGAGUCUCCUUUUUUUAUUUUUGAAAACUCACUCCUUUCUGCAACUUUUUCCUCCUGGUUUGACUACGCAUAAAAGGUAAAAGAGCUAUGAAGAAUAAAAAAAAACAAACAAAAAAUCAAAAUUAUGUGCAAGAUCUUAGAAAUACUGAAACCUUAUUUUCAUCGAGAAAAUAUUUUCAUAUUUUCGCGCUUUUUGGAACACGUUGAAAAUUGGGAGAAGGUAGAAGUACAACAUAGUGUGAAAAAAAUCCACGUUUCAAAAUCGCCUACAUUUUUUUUUUUUUGAGAAAACUUAGAAAAAGUUUUGACAUCGAAGAUUGAACAAAAACCCGUUGAUCCUCUGCUUUCAGUGCACUCCGUACUCGGGAGGCCAGCAGGUCACCUGCCUGAACAAUUGCUGCUGCACUGUCCCGAACGUGCCCGUGCCGCCGCCCACUUUCUUCCCGCCAGUCUCGACGACUCCCUCCGUCGCCGCUCUCGGUAUCAUCUUCAAAAAAUGACCGAGCUUAUCAGUCAAAAAAUGAAUUAGAAACGAAUUUCAUUAUUUUUAUAACUUUGUUCUUUCAACUAAACUUUUCCAAAACCUUGAAGAAUUAGAAGCUAUCGAAAAAUGGGCACGUAAAAGUAACCAAAAAAAAAAAAUGUGGCUCGCGAGCUCUCAAUCGAAAAAGUUCCACAAAGAGAAAGGAUCGUUCUUUUUUGUGAAAUAUGAUUUUUUCAAGCAUAUUGCUACAAUGGACAACGGACACAAGUCCGAUGUCAAACUUCGACCGACUGUUCCGUCGGACAAACUUGUGUCAACGCCGUGUGCUGCACAACGACGGGAAAUGAGUGGAGUGGUUCGUUUUCAAUUCGCUUUUAAAAUUUUUCCACCAAUUCACCGUAAUUCUUGAAAUUAUUUCAUAAUAUGCUGCAGAAAGAAGCAAGCCGAAGAUAAAAAAGGAAUACGGUCAAUAAAAGUUCUGAAUAUUAUUGAACCCGACUCUCUAGGGCAUCAUAAUAACAGCCAAAGAAAUAUGGAACCUUUUCCACGUUUUGAUACUUCUAUAUUUUUCGAUAUCGUACUAUAUUUCGAUACUUGAAAGCUUAUAAAAAAAUCAAUUUGAAGCUCAAAACUUUGAAAUUUAUGUCGGAAAUAAGAUGCUGAUAAAAAUGCUGUUGAAGUAUUGGAAUCAUCCAAAAAAUGUUCGCUCGGUUGAAUAUCCGUUUUCGACGACUUUAUCGGAGGAUUGACAUUUUCAGGAGCCUGUGGUGGUUUAGCCGCUUUGGCGUCUUGCCAACAAGGCAGUUCCUGCGGCUCUUUCUCUUGCACGACGUCCAACUACUGUUGCGAGUGUCCGGCCGGCAGGACUAGCGGGCUUUGUUCUAAUGUAGCUACUCCGUCACUUAUAAAUAUGAAACAAAUCUGUUUUUAGGGCUGCCCGUCUGGAUAUUCUUGUUCAAGCAGCGGAUAUUGCUGCGCAACUUGUUCAAAUGGUUCGUUUUUUUUUAUAAUUAGAAAAAUGUUAACGGAAAAGCCGCAUGAAAGUUUUUUUUUCCCUAUUUUAUACUUUCAGGCCAAAGACCUUACGGAUCUUGCUUCAAUGGGCUCUGCGCAAGUGGUUACACCUGUCAGGCAGGAAAUAUUUGUUGUUGAUUCAUUUUUUCCAAUAAAAAGUUCUUGAGCAUUUUAAGAAUCUGUACACCUUUUUUUUGUGAUUUGCAACUUUUUUUUGAUUUUUUUUAAUGAAUAAUACUUUUUGAAAAUGAAUGUCUUAUCGAAAUAAAAAAAAUUAAUUCAACAUUUUCAAUACAAAAAAACCAAAAAUAAUAAAUUUUUCUGUGAUUAGAACAGAAAAUGAAAUAAAUGGAUUAAAAAAAUUGAAUUUGAACUCCAAUCGGGAUAGUAAAAUUUUUUUCAAUAUUUCGGAGUUCUUUUUUUAAAAAGUUUUUUUCUGUUCAGUAGUAGCAAAUAAAAAAACUAAGCCUACACUUCAACUUUUGAAAAUUUUCCGAUUAUAGCUGAUUCACGGCUGGCUUGAGCCAUCGAAAAAAAAAGAGAAAAUUUAUUUUUUCAGUACUGAUAACGUUAUUUUGGCCUUCUUUGUUCUGCGAUCCUGCUUACGAAAAAAUUCCAAACAUUUGAUUAGUCAUUAUUAUUUUUUUCUUUAAACAGAUUAAACCUCAAUUUCACGCCGAUUGCUACGUUUAAUUUUCUUCCCGUCAAGUCGAAGCUACGCUGUUUUCAACUAUGAAUGAAAUCGGAAAGUGAGAUUAGAGUUUGAGUGAUACGAAUUCAAGAGAUGUUAGCGGCCCGGCGUCUUCACAACCAGUUGAACAAGCUUAUCCGCCGUUAAAUUCUCGUCUUAUGUUUUGAAGGUAUUGCUUCCUUGCUUCUCAAGAAUUCUUCCUUAUAAUGAUAUUUUUAAUUCAUAUUCCGAUUAAAGUGCUAGAAUUUUCGAAUACAGCUUUCAUUGCUGUGUAUCUUUUAGAAAAAGCCAUUUUUUUCGAGCAUAAUGAAAAAAACAUAUAAUUGUUUUUCACUUUUUUUGAAAAACCACUUUCAUUGCAGAUAUAUGAUCUCUAACACGGAGAUACCAGCCGAAAAAGCAGCUGAUCUUUCCCUUUACACUUGGGAUCUGUCAAAAAGCGCACUUUUUGUGACUUUAAUUUUUGCGGUAAUUUUAGUUUUGGCUGUUUUUAUGGGCCAAUCGAAGCAAAAUAUUCCCUGGGUAAGAUUAUCUCAUAUAGUAUUUUUCAUUUAAAGUUAUUCCAGGAUAAUUGCUUGAAUGUUUCCUGGUACCCAGAAGUGAAAACGAUAAACAAAAUUCACGCGCAUUAUGAAGUUUACAGGUAA